AUGGUGGAUAUUGUGGAACAUCCUCACAUGUUCUCCAGAAACCUAACCUAUGUGAAGGCAGCAACAGUCAAGCUGGCAGCCAAGUAUGACAGCUGGGACAAUGAGAAUGACUACAGCUUUCGCACUCACCUAUUGAACUGCAUUGACCCAGAGCUACAUGAAGCAGUGUCUGGAAUCCAGGACAUCGGUGAUCACAGUCUUGUUACCUGGAUCAAACUCGUUCAACAAUGGUCCAUUCUGACUGCUGAAAAAUCCCACAAAAUCAUCAGUGAAGUCAAUGCAUUCACUCUGCAGCAGUGUCCAGCAUUGGACAUGUCAUUGGGAAUUCAACAGCUUCGCCCAAGAAUCCAAGCCCUUUGUGAUACACGGGACUAUGACCCAAAGCUUCUCUACACCUUUCUUGAGAGUUUGCAUGGUGCCUAUCCAGUUGACAACAAACAUCAUCUUGAAUGGUGGACCAUGAUUUUGGAUCGGAUCCUCACUCCAUUGAAGAAGGCUUACAAGCAGUGCAAGGAAGAGAAGUUCUUGAAUGGUUUCGACAUUGAGCUCUUCCUCUUGAGAGAGACACGCGAAGAUGGGCCGUGCAAAGGUUUGGAUCAUAAGAGCAUUUUGGACACUCUGUUGGAGUAUUACAUGAUUGCAGUGAAUGAGGAGAAAUGGCCAGCCACAUCAGGACCCCAGGACUCAGGCAGUGCUCCCAUGUCCUUUGGUUCCUCCUCUGUCCAUCAUACCACUGUUGAGACCACUCUUGCAACCAAUAAGGCAGACGUCCAUGCCUUGAUCCAACGUUUGGACAACAUUGGACAGCGCAAACCCAUGGGUGGCUUUGGUGACAACCAGGGUGGCAAGGUCUGCUGGAAUUGUGGUUCCUCUGGCCACUUGUCCAACUCCCCUGACUGCCCCAAGAACCAGGCUCACCGCGCUCCAACUCCCCAGACCUCCAACAGAGGCUUCAAGAAAGGACAACCCAAGAUGACCUGGAAACGCAUUCCCCCUAAGGAUGGUGAGCCUAACUCCAAGCAGGAUGCCGGUGGGGCUACCUGGCACUGGUGUCAGAAGUGCAACAAUGGAGAUGGUCGCUGGACAGCCUCCCACCUGACCGAAGCUCAUGGCAAUCCGGGAGAUGGUGAUCACACUGCUGCUGCCAACCUUGCUUCCAUUCAUCCCUGUGCAUGGUACACUCCAGUCAACAACCCCUUCUCAUCUCUCCUUCAUCCUCGUCUGCUUCUGGGACUGCUGUUUGCAGCAUACCAGGAUCUCAAUGAUUUUCUCAAUGAACAUGCUCUACCUAUGCUUCUUGGAUUUCUUCUGUGUCUCUGUGUGCAACACUUUGAAACCCUUGUUGGUAUGGCCCAGACCAUGGGCCCCUGGCUAAUUCACACCGUGUGGCCAUGGAUGGUCGGUAUAGCUUGGCCCUUCCUUGGUGAAGUCUAUGUCUCUGUGGGACUGGCCCCACUGUCAUGGAUUGUGGUACUCCUAAUUUGGAUUUUGGUUCCCCCCUUGCUUCCUCCUUCCCCCCGUGAUGACCCCAUCCCUCAUGGACGCUGGCAGCGACGUCGAUAUGAACAGGAGCUCCGACGCUGGCGGCGUCGCCGCCGUUUCAAGGGAGCAAGCAUCAGGGACUGUGGGUUUCACAAAAGCUAUCCCACCCGCCUUCGUGCUACCUCCACCUUCCCCAGCAAGGCCCCCACCAUCCACCAGCAAUCUCUCCUUGAUCGUCUCCGCACUUGGUUCUACCAAUCCCGUGCCCGACCCUCCGGCCACAAGCGUGGCUCCGAGUAUUUUUCCGCUCCUGCCAACAGCCGAAAGGGAGAACGGUCCAAAGUACUGUGGGAACGCAUGCUAUGUGAAGAUGCCAAGGAUGUCAAAUGUCAAACCCAGAAACAAUAA